AUGAAUUCCAUCGAGUUUCCCUUACUUGAUCGAACAACCCAAACUUCAGUUAUUUCAACUACAUCAAAUGAUCUUUCAAAUUGGUCAAGACUCUCCAGUUUAUGGCCGCUUCUCUAUGGUACCAGUUGUUGCUUCAUUGAAUUCGCUUCAUUAAUAGGUUCACGAUUCGACUUUGAUCGUUAUGGACUGGUACCAAGAUCUAGUCCUAGACAGGCAGACUUAAUUUUAACAGCGGGUACGGUAACAAUGAAAAUGGCUCCUUCUUUAGUAAGAUUAUAUGAGCAAAUGCCUGAACCAAAAUAUGUUAUUGCUAUGGGAGCAUGUACAAUUACAGGAGGGAUGUUCAGUACCGAUUCUUAUAGUACUGUUCGGGGAGUCGAUAAGUUAAUUCCUGUCGAUGUGUAUUUGCCGGGUUGUCCGCCUAAACCCGAGGCUGUUAUAGAUGCUAUAACAAAACUUCGUAAGAAAAUAUCUCGAGAAAUCUAUGAAGAUCGAAUUAAGUCUCAAGAGGAAAAUCGGUGUUUUACUACCAAUCACAAAUUUCAUGUUGGCCCAAGUACUAAUACUGGAAAUUACGAUCAAGGAUUACUCUAUCAACCAUCAUCUACUUCAGAGAUCAUCCCUCCUGAAACUUUUUUCAAAUACAAAAGUGCAGUCUCUUCCUACGAAUUAGUAAAUUAG